CAGCUGCUAACAAUGAGCUGCGACACAAAGGAAGGUUACCACAUUGUCUUGGAUGCCAUGACAAGAAUGAGAGCAGAAUACAGUGAACCAGUUAGAUUCAAACUGCUUGUAGGAAUGCUACAAAGCAAAGGCCCAAUCUAUGUGCCUUUCCAGGUCAGAUCUUAGAUUUUGUGACUUUUUGAAACAAUCAUAUUAUUACACACAAUGUUUGAGUUCCUAUUCCUACCGACAUGUUUCCUUAGACGAUCCUUUAUUUUUCCACGUCCAAAUACUCAUAGGAACUAAUAUGAUGAUUUGGCUAAACAAUUUCCAACCAUCUCUCAAAAUAGUAAAACCUAAAGCCCAUCCUUUACAGGCUGUAUGUAUGAAGUUCCUAAACACACUGGUGUCUAUGACAGAGGGGGCUAAUGCCACAGUAUUCCUACAACAAGAGAUGACUCACGCAGGAUUUGAAUUAGAUGUCUUACAAAAG